CGCCCAUGGAUGGAGCUGCAGCCAUCUGUCUGUCUGUCUGGGUGGGCGGGUAUGUAUUUUUGUCUUGGGCGUAGAAAUGGCAUCUCAGUCAGACCGUAUAACACACAAGACACACAAGACACACAAAACACACAAAUACGGCACAAAAGACAGACAGACAGACCGCCAUCGCCCCUCCUAUCUAGCUCCAUCAUCUAUCGCUGGGCGCCAUCGAUCGUUUCUCUCAGCCACAGCUGCAAUGGUGACACAGGGAUGGCUGGCACCGCUUCGGUCACACACACACACAACACACACACACACACGCCAUUGAUUGCACAUCCACUGCUGAGGUGAGGUGGGUGUUCGGUGCGCACACUGACUUGGGAAGUCGGCUGCCAUCUGCAGACUGAUCCCAGCAUAGUAGCCAUUGAAGGCGAGCCUGACGAUGAAUCGCAGCCCUCCAGGGCUGGAAUGGUGUGAAGCAGCUUGCGGAUGGUCAUGAUGCCGUAGAUGGGAUUGGGCAGCUGGGGGGCGACGUCGGCGAGCGGCUUGAACGAAAACGGCGACGCGAAGAGGACGGCAAACUCCUGCAAAGAGAAGAGAGGCACGAGAGGAAAUACACAGGCGACAUGAUUGGUGUGCUGUUCAUAUAUCUGUCGACUGUAUGGUGUGUGCACUGCACAUACUGGCAAGGCCUGCUCCAUCAAAAAACGACUCAGCGCAUGUUUCGCUGCGUCGAUGUACUUGAGGCCGUAUUCGCUAUAUGCUGCAUCGCCUUCGCCGGAUGCUGCCCAGAAGGCGCCGUAAGGGAAGCGAAGGCAGACCUUCGCCGCGACCGAGUGGUAGUCCGGGAAAGGGAGCUGCAUCAAGCGCCUGCACCACCGGACCGGGUCGUCGCAGACGGGGUCGGGCAGCAGCCCGUCCAUGACGCCCUUCUUGAAUGGCAGCAUGCCAUGGACGCCCUUGUCAUGGACGCCCUUCCCGUAUGACAGCAGCACGAUCGUCCAGAAGAUGAGAACCAUGAGCCGGAGGACGAAGAAGCCCCACAGGUCCUGCAGCGACGGGAUGAGCAUCGAAGCGAGCGGGGGGACCGUCGGGUACACGCUGCAGUGCGGACACGCAAUUGAUACAGACAGAGAAUGAAUAGAAGUCGGUCGCUCGGUGCGGAUGGAUGGAUGGAUGGCUGUGAUGCUGUGCGACGCGCCAUUUGUGUACCUCCUGCAGAUCUCACAGCGGGCCGGAUCUUGGCCUGAGAGAGAACACACGAAUGAAGCCACGGUGCCACCAGCCCAUCCAUCUAUCCAUCCAUCCAUUCUCACUCGCUGACUUACUCAUGUUACGCCAUUUCUCGAGGCAUUUCCAAUGAGCGAUGCGGCACUUGCACGGUUUCUCAAGUAUGCCCUCCGCCGAGCCGCCCCAGCAGAUGAAGCACAUCUGAUCCUCCAUUGUCGACGUCAAAGCUCACACGCGAGGACUUGCGGGAUCACGUUC